UAUGGUUCUUAAUAUCCAGUCAGUAACGCUGCAGUGAGGCAGUCGGUCAGACAGCCAGGGGGUCUAAUGUUUAUAUAUUCAGAAUCAUGGAUAUAAGGAUCUUGGAACUUUUAAUAUACACUUUUGCCUUGAAAUAGUGGCUGACACCGGACACUGUGUCUUUAAAGGAAGGGGUAAGGCGAUUGGAGCGGCCACCGUCCAUGGGCUGAAUCUCCUCUCACUCAAAUUCCAUUCAUAAAUAAGAUAUUGUGGAGAAAGGAAGUAAAGUCAGAUCCAGAACUGACCAUCCAGACCAGUUUACCGGAUGUCAUGAGCUCGGAGUAGCCCAACUUGUUCACCUCGCUACUCGGGAGAGGAGAAAAACGAUUCGUGGCUUGUGAUGGAUUAAAAGUGAGCUUGUGAGAGGCAGCUUGUUUUUGGGGUUCAGAGCAUUUCACCAAAAAUGUUCCUGCCCUCGUUCAGGGCUUUACGUUGUUGUGUGUGUAUGUUCGGGUUAACCAAAACCGCCCUGGUCUAAAAAAACAACAUCCCAGCGUUCAUCUCUCCGAUCUGACCAGAGAUAGGACUGAGUGAGCUAUGGCAGCGAAAGACGACAUCUACACCAAAGUGACCCCGCGGAGGCAGCGGCUGACCCGCCCGGGCACUGUGAAGCAAGGGGCGUCCACCCUGGACGUCCUGCUCUCCAUGGGCUUUCCAAAGACCAGGGCGCUGAAAGCUCUGGUCUCCACUGGGAGCCGCAACGUCCAGGCAGCGUGUGAUUGGCUCUUCUCCCACGUGGACGACCCCUUCCUGGACGACCCGCUGCCCAGGGAGUAUGUGUUGUACCUGCGGCCCACCGGGCCUCUGCUGCACCAGCUCACCCAGUACUGGCAGCAGUCUCGCCUCACCUGCGGCAAGAACAAGGCUCACAACAUCUUCCCCCACAUCACCCUCUGCCAGUUCUUCAUGUGUGCGGACGGGAAGGUGGAGGCGCUCACGGAGGCGCUGCAGGCCACCAUGGCCUCCUGGCGGGGCCGCUUCCCCGCGACCCUCAACCUAAAGCUCUACACCUCCUCCAACUUCAUCGGCCUGUUCGUGGACGAGCAUGUGGCCGAGGUGCUGAAGAGCUUUGCCUCCGAGUUUGCCACGGAGGCCGCCUCCAAAGCAGACGUCCACAUCGAACCGCACAAGAAGCAGCUCCACGUCACCCUGGCCUACCAGUUCCAGGCCAAUCACCUGCCUGUUCUGGAGAAGCUGGCCAAGAGCAUGGACGUGUCCGUGGGCUGUGACUGGCUGGCUGUCAUGUUCUCGCGGGACAUCCGAUUCGCCAACCACGAGACGCUGCAGGUCAUGUACCCGUACACGCCCCAGAACGACGACGAGCUGGAGCUGGUGCCGGGUGACUUUGUGUUCAUGUCCGCCGUGGAGCAGGCCAGCGCCAGCGAGGGCUGGGUCUAUGGGAGCUCCCAGGGCACGGGGCUGUCGGGCCUGCUGCCCGAGAACUACGUCACCCGGGCCGACGAGUGUGAGACCUGGGUGGUCCACGGGUCUCAUUCGUUCCUCAACGGAGCCCCCCCACCAGACCCAGGCGGUCGGGCUGACAGCCUGCUGUUAGACGGACAACUGCUCGACAGCCUGGGAGACCUGGCUGGCCUCAGCGUCCUCACUACACCCAUGCAGCUGCUGAGGGCCGGCAGCGAGCAGUCCAGUCUGCCCAAGAGGAGCCUGUUUGUGUGUCGCCAUGGCGAGCGGAUGGACGUGGUGUUCGGCAAACACUGGAUCACUCAGUGCUUCGACACCAAAGGUCGAUACGUUCGCUGUAAUCUCAACAUGCCGCCCAGCCUGCCAAUCAGAAGCGGUGGACACCGAGACUACGAUAAAGAUUGUCCAAUCACUGUGUUCGGUGGGACACAGGCCCGCCUCGUAGGUGAGGCCCUUUUGGAGAGCCACACAACAGUGAACUUUAUCUACUGCUCUCCCUCACUGCGCUGCGUCCAGACGGCCCAGAACAUUCUCCAAGGUCUACAACUGGAUGGAAAAACGAGGAUCCGCGUAGAGCCAGGCUUGUUCGAAUGGACCAAGUGGGUGUCUGGCACAACCCUCCCCGUCUGGAUCCCCCCUGUGGAGCUGGCCGCCGCCAACCUGAAUGUGGACACAACAUACAGACCUCAUAUCCCCAUCAGUAAGCUGGUGGUGUCGGAGUCCUACGACACCUACAUCAGCAGGAGCUUCCAGGUGACCCGGGAGAUCCUGUCCGAGUGCAACAACCUGGGAGAUACGGUGCUGAUCGUGGCUCACGCCUCGUCCCUGGAGGCCUGCACUCGCCAGAUGCAAGGUCUGAGUCCCCAGAACGCCAAGGACUUUGUCCAGGUCGUCCGAAAGAUUCCCUACCUGGGCUUCUGUGCCUGCGAGGAGCUGGGGGAGACGGGGGUUUGGCAACUGGUUGACCCACCCAUCUUGCCGCUGACACACGGACCCAACCACAGCUUCAACUGGAGGGAAAUGCUUCUGCAGGACUGAGAGGAAGAGGGCGACAGAGAGGUGCUGUGUGGACGCCUGUUGUCCGGGUGCUCGUCUGAAAUUAAUAUUUAUUAUUAGCCCUCAAACGCUUUAUCCGCUCACCCAUCCAGCCACCCGUUUCGCUGAACUUAAUGAACUGCUCGUGAAUGAGAAGAAGGUACUGUAUUUAUGAGGAAACGGCAAGAACAAAUUGGACUACGUUACAGUCCCUUUGGCCAUUCAAGCACUGAGCAAAAGGGAGAGAGAAAAGUGAGUGGGAGCUUCUAGGAAAAAGGCGAACAAGCGUUAUUACUGGUGGCUCGCCAACGGUUUGAUGGACUGUCCGAUUCGCUUUCCGCGGGGUUCUCGUUGAACACUUGUGUGUGCAGGCUCGCAGUGAGCGUUAAGAACGUUCCCGAACAAGAGCUCCUGGUGGCAACUGCCUCUUUUUUUUAUAAACACUGUGACAAGCAAAACAAAGCAGAGUCAAGAAGAAGACAGAAUAUAUUUAAUUGAAAUAGUAAGAGGUAUGUUCAGUGUCCUUAGAUUUUAAGAAAAGCAACUGUUCCUGUUGGAAUGAAGCACAGUGGAAACGCGGUCUAUCUGACAAUCAGACGCCAGCAGAACUGGCGUCGGUGUUUGGGUCAUAACACAUCGGGACUCUUCCUGCGAGUCCUACUCCAUGAAGGGUUUUUGUGUUCGUAUUUACACAGAUUUACCAAAACGUAACAGCUUUUUGUAGCCUUUUUCCGCUAAGGCCCUCGUACACAAGCAAUAUUUCCAUAUUGUAUACAGUGGAUGCUAAAUGUAGGCAGUGGAGCUACGACUUUGUUCUACAGCUUUAGUUGGUGCUUUCGUUGACUACUUACCUUCAUACUUACCUUCGUCGACGUCGUGUCUCUUCUGCAUCACAACCUCAGUGCGGUUUCCCUCCCUGUGCUUUGUCCUGGUCAGUUUGAAGCGUUCUCCCUUAAUGUUUGGUGCAUUUUAUUUCUAUGAACAGAGCGGAUGAUGACAGUAAGUGUUGCGCUUCCUGUUGUGUGUUAUGUUGUAUGCCACAGAAUAAUCCUAUUUAUAUGAUUUGGUUAGAGCCGUCAUGAAGGAUAAGUAUGUAGUGACUGGAUGGACGAGAUCGAAGAUGUGACUGAUUGAACAUGUGUCUUCGGCAUUUCUACCUGUGCCAUCGGCUCCUUGGCAAGAUUACAGAAUCAUUCGUUUUAAUUUGUCUUUGAAGAAAUCCCUAUAUCUGGAAAAGAUUUGUUUUUAAGUAAUGUUGGUUUUGUAUGAAAACAAAACAAUUAUUAUUUUUUUGUUUGCUGUCCUUUACAUCCGAGUUUGACAUUCAACCCUGUGUGAGUUUGUCUGUUUCCCUUCCUCAGUCGGUCAGUCAUGUUGACCGGAAACUCUUUAAGUCACCAGGACGACGGAAAAUGACACCCAUCAUGGGAACACCGCUCCCAGUGGGGAUGAGGUACCAUGGCCUCCACCUAUAGCAAUAAUUGUUGAAUAGAGGGUGUAUUUAUUCAUUGUUAUUGGAGGUAUUUUGGAACUGCAUGUAGCUAGAUAGGGCUAGCUAUGAACAAGAGCAUCACCAAAAUACCUACUGUGAGGAAGGGUCUCUCCAUGCUAUUGAUAUUAAGUUCAGUGGUGCAGAAAGAAAGUAUAUCUAUAUUUUCAGAAACUACAGCCUUAAAACAAAAUGGUACAGGAAAAAUGAUCAAAUUAAAAGAAGCCCUUACUGUCCAGUCAAACUCUUCAAUGAGUAGGCUGUCCCUUAGUUUGGUUUUAUUUGUAUUUCUCCAUAAAGAUGGGGAUUGUUAAGUAUUAAUCUUCUGAACAUUCCUACACACGUUCUGCCCGUAGAGGCUUAAAGUCAGAACAUUGCUGUGUAGAUUUACUUAAAAUUCUGAUUUAUCGCUUGCUGAUUUGGCUUUUAACAUAGGUUCUAGCUAUGAAUGUAUAGCUCAUAAAAUAUUUUUAUUUUUUACUGGUUGUGUAAAAUGACACAUCGUUUUUUGGUGUUACUAUCAUUGUUACAGCUGAGCAUAUAGUGUACCUACUCUCAAAAAGAGCAACAAUAUCAAUUUCAUAAAAUACAUGAACAUUUGUGCUUCUGACAUGCCUGCAAUGUGAUAGUAUACAAAGUGUUAAACAAAAAUGAAAGAAAAUAUACACGAUGAAAAGUGUGCUUCCCUUGCACCUACUCUCGAACAGAGCAUGCACUUUUUUCUCUUUUUAAGUCAAUUUGCUUGGUUAUUUUAGAUGCCGACAAAAUAAAUAAAAUAAAAAUACAUGUUUGUGACAUUAA